UGUCAUCUCAGAAUCUCUUCUUGCGCUUCUCUAUCCUCUCAUUGUCACUACCCUUCCAUUCCAAUCUUGGGAAUUAGAUGGAGACUAUUGAGCUCAAGGUGGAGAUGGUAGCAUUACAUGAGAAGAAACUGAGGAAGUGCCUGUCCAAAGUAAAAGGGAUAGAGAAGGUUGAGGUGGAGGCCAGCAUUCAGAAGGUUGUGGUCACAGGAUAUGUACACAGGAACAAAAUACUUAAAGCCCUGAGGAGAGUGGGGCUGAGAGCAGAGUUCUGGUCACCACAGAAUGAGAUAUUGAGUGCCUAUGCCAGUGGAAGCCUCAUGAUCAACAACUUCAGCUUCCUCUAGAGAACCUAGCACCCCCUGAACCCUAUGAAUACCUUUGCCUGUCUCUUUGUUUUUUGUUUUAUAGCAUGAGGGUCUGCAUUUACCCAUGUUUACUCUUACUGGAUCUGUGAGAAGAUACAACUUAAACUUUUUUCCACCCCAAUUCUCUC